AUGGGGAACUUCCUGCUCUCCAUGCUCUAUCUGUACAUGUUUGGAUUCCAACGUCAUCUGAAGAAGCCCAUUGAUGUUAUCUUCAUGCACCUGACCGUGGUCAACAUCCUGAACCUCACCUUCACAAUGUUUCCAGACAUCAUGGCAUCCUUCCCAGUUCAUCAUUUUCUGACGACGGGGGCUCGUCAUCUGAAGAAGCCCAUCAAUGCCAUAUUCAUACAUUUGACUGUGGUCAACAUCCUGAACAUCACCUUCACACUUGUGCCAAAUAUCAUGGCAUCCUUUGGAGUACAACGUUUUCUGGACGAUGUGGGCUGCAAGGCAGUGGUGUGCCUCUUCAGAGUCACCCAGGAUCUGUCCAUCUGUACCACCUCACUCCUCAGUGUGUUUCAGGACAUCACCAUCAGCUCCAGUCGUGCCCAGUGCGUGAGGCUUAAAUCUAAGUCUUCAGUGUGGAUUUUCCCUUCUUUCUUGUUCUUCUGGGUUGUCAAUAUGCUCAUCUAUGCCCCAGUAGUUAAGGUUAUGAAAGCCAAAAUCAAUUUCAUUCUCAUUGGUUCUGAGUUUUCCAAUGAAUAUGGUCAUACUCCUCAGCUUGAAGACAAUAGAUCAGGGUAUUAUAUGUCUAUCUUAUUAUUUCCAGAUCUUGUGUUUAUAAUCCUCAUGAUCAUCACCAGCCUCUACAUGAUGAGGCUUCUCUACCAACACCACCAGAUAGCUCAGCACCUACAUAGUUUUAGCCUUGCCACCCAGCCAGCACCCAAGAGAAAGGCCACCCACACCAUCCGGCUGUUGGUCAGCUGUUUCCUGUGUUUCUAUUGCUUCAACAACAUCACCAAUUUCUAUUACUUUUACACAGCAGUGAAAAUCCCUACCUUGGAGGUGAUGGUAUUUGCUUGCUUUUUAUUCAUUCCUGUUUGCACACUUCAGCCGCUGUGGCACAACACUGGUCAGUUGCCUCCAGAUGAGUCCUGUACAACUGCCAACUCACCUGUGGUGUGUCUGGGCAUCCUGAGGAAUUGUGUCCUCUUCCUGUUGUACACCCACAGCUCCAUGUGCAAACCUCGGCUCCGGAAGCCCAUUGCCAUAGUUUUCAUGCACCUGAUCUAUGGAGUCCUGUGUUUCUGGGAUGAUGCCAUGUGUAAGGCUAUGCUGUUCUUGUUCAGGGUCAGGUGGGGACUGUCCGCCUGCACUACGACCUUCCUGAGCACCUUCCAGGCCCUCACCAUCAGCUGCACCCCUGCCCAGUGUGUUUGGCUGAAAAGCCGAUCCUCUGCUUGCAUCCACCCCUCUCUGCUCUCCUUCUGGAUCUUCAAUUCUGUCAUCUAUUUCCACAUGAUCAAAACUGUGGAAUCCAAUGGACCUCCUUACCAACACCACAAGACAGCCCAGCACCUCCAUAGUUCCAGGCUUGCCUCGCAGCCAGCAACCGAGAACACAGCCACCCACAUCAUCCUGCUGUUGGUCAGCUGUUUCAUGUUCUUCUAUUGCUCCAACAACAUCAUGGACUUUUAUUACUUUUACACAGCAGUGAAAAUUCCAACACUGGAAGUGAUGGUUGUUUUUUAUCAUCAGGCUACCAAGCCUUGUCUCUUUUCUUCCCUAUGA